UGCGAUCGCUUCUUCCUCCCCCCGAAUCCUCAUCUCAUCGUUCUCCAUUGACCAGACGGCGGCGCGGCCACUCACCUCCUCCUCCUCCCCGGCAUUCCCAAUCGUCCAGCUGGCUCCCCUGCCUCCUCCGCGGUUUUGAUCCUAAUCACCCAUGUCUGCUGAAGUCAGCGAGGGAUCUCCUUAUUUCCUCUCGUGCUACUUCUGGUUCAUAUAUUGCAUAAAAUUCCGAGAUUUCACUUGAUACAAGUGAACCCCCCUGGAGUUUUGUGCUAAUACUUCCUAUCAUGUGAAUCAGUUGUAGUUAGUAUAAUUGGCAAGACUCAAGUUUUCUCUCAUCUGGGUUCAGAAACAAUUGUCGGUUGGGUGCUUGCUCACUUUGCUUGAGUUUUGCCAAAGAUUGUUUCUCAUCAAUCACGUCUUUUGUUCUCUCUGAGGUUGGACCAAUCUCCCCUUUGGUCUGAUCAAGCUCUUGAUCUCCCUUCAGGACCACUGUCAUAACGUGAACUGCUGUUUUCACGCCCUACAAUCUUCUGAAGUCCUCUCUUGUUCCUUCUGUGCUGAAACGUUCAAAAGCAGCUCUCCUUCAUUCGCUUCAUUGUCUGUGCUCAUAAAUCCUGUUGUUUGAGCACUGAAACAUUUCCCUUACUGGUUGAUCUUGAUCGCUUGUUAAUUAUUGGUCUUGGUAUUGGUAUUGGCAUUUGCAGUUGAAUAAUAACCAUUUCUGCUUGUACCUUCAGCUAAGGUCUCUCUGUUGUCUUAUUGGUACUGAAGGCAAGAUCUACACUGCAGUGAUGGCUCAAACUUUCCUGCCACCGGGCUUUCGUUUUCAUCCAACAGACGUUGAACUUGUUUCUUACUAUUUAAAAAGGAAGAUUAUGGGAAAGAAACCUCUUGUUCAUGCUAUAUCAGAUGUUGAGCUGUACAAAUUUGCUCCCUGGGAUCUUCCUGCUCAAUCCUGCCUCCAGAGCAGAGAUCUUGAAUGGUUCUUCUUUUGCCCACGUGACAAGAAAUAUGCUAAUGGGUCUAGGACAAAUCGUUCCACACCAAAUGGUUACUGGAAAACAAGUGGGAAAGAUAGAACAAUUGAGCUUAAUUCUCGCAUGGUUGGGUCAAAGAAAACAUUGAUUUUUCAUGAAGGCAAGGCACCUAAAGGCAGUAGGACUGAUUGGGUGAUGUAUGAAUACAAAAUGGAAGAUGAUAAAUUGGUCUCUGCUGGUUUCUCAAAGGAUGAUUAUGUCCUCUGCAAAAUUUUCAAGAAAAGUGGCCUUGGUCCAAGGAUUGGGGAGCAAUAUGGUGCUCCAUUUAAUGAAGAGGAAUGGGAGCAUGAAGAUGCUGAAAUUUCUAUGUUUCCCUUGCAGCCAAUUACAAAUGUUGAAACUUCUGUGUUUCCUUUGCUGCCCUCUUCGGAGGUGGUAAAUUCUACUGGUGACACAUGUGUUCAGCCUUCUAAUGUUGCCAGAGCUAUUGAGGAACUACCUGUGCCGCAUUUACCUGAUGUUUUUACUGGGAGCGAACCAACAUUCCAAAAUAUUGCUGUUACUGACGAAUGUGCUCCCAUGGAACUGCCUUCCCAGUACUCUGUUGAAUCUAUCGUUGAUGAGGUGGUUUCUGUGAACAACUGUUCUAAUGAGGUGAAUAAUGCAGAUAGUCCUAUUGUUGAUGGGUUUUUAUUGGAAGAACUGUCUAAGUUUUUAACUGAUUCUCCGCAUCGUGGCAACCCUGUUGGGGAGCAUUCUGGUCUCCCACCAAUGUCCGAAGCUGAAGCUCAUGCUUUUGAAGUGUCCACAAAUGAUCUCUACAAUGAGAUUGCAGGGCUUGCUGAAUCGGGUGUGCCAAAUGGUGAUAGUUUUUCUCUGUCCAAUGCAGGUGUUACUGAAUACACUUCACAGCCCACAACAUACUUUGGAGUUCCUAGCAGUGAAAAUUAUUUAGAUAUGGAUGAUCUCUUUGCUCCAGACGCAUCAUCAUCCUAUGCAUAUCCUGUGCUAAACAAUCAAUUUUGGCAGUAUCCCAUGGAUCAGUCCAUAUAUGAUAGUACUCAAUCUGCUGCCUUUCUGUCUAGUGACUUACACUCAACCAUGCCAAACUUUCCUGCUGUUGCCAAUUACGGCGGCCUUGCUUCAAAACCCAACAUGCAGUUCCAGCUGUCAUAAUCAGUCUACAACUGUUCUAGAGGUCUCUGAUACUGGGGACAUCAUGCGAUUUCAUACUUGGUCACCUGCUCCCGCUCCGAGCUAGAAAAACAAACCUCGCUGAAUCUUCACGAGGACGGUUACUCGAACUGGUCACCGCAUGCGUCGACAGGUCAACAAUGUCUACUGGUUUGAAGGCUGGUCUUAGUUCUUGGUGGCGAAUCUCUAUGAUCCCUAAUUUUCCUGAACCUACCUGUCUUGGCUGGUCCGCUACUGAGGAUCAGAAAUACGGAGUAUUAUGCUUUGUAUUAGCUGUUUGCUUGUUGCUACCGAAUAAAGUUUGUUCAUCAAACAAGUGUGUACUGUUUGUGAUGACAACACUGAACCUUAACUAUAGGGCUACAUGGUCUGGCCCAUUAUCAUGUACCCUGUAUCUUUACCAGUGCUAUAAGCCUCCAAGUUCAUCGUUUUGGCUGAAUGCUGAUAUGUUCUACUAA